AUGGCAUUCUAUUCCUGGUUUGUAGAGUUAUAUUAAGAAAAUGAAACGAUUGGUGAUUUGGAAAUAUCAACAAACUCAACAAAUUCAAUUCCUACAUAUUAUAGUAGAUUCUAUUUACAUUAGACUAGCGCUGCUUUGCAAUAGUGCUUUGCUCAACUAAACUGAUUCCAAUAUCUAGAUAUAUAGUGAUGGUGCAUACUAUUACAUCCUUUAGAAUGAUAUGUUGAUUUGCACAAUGGCAUAUCAUUAAUCAGAAUACCUUGAAGCUAUAAAUAACAAUCUAGGAUAUUCUAUAUAAUAAAUUAAGAGUCACACUUAGAUGAGUCAAUCAUUGAAGUAGGAUAAUAGUAAAAUAUUAUAAAUAACAUUGUCUUUGGCAGCAAUAGAAUUUGUUUUAAUAAUCGCUGCCAUAAAUUAUUAUGCAAAAUCUAUAGCUCUGAUAGUAGCUUCUCCAAUAGAUGAAUUAACGCAUUCUUUGAGAAAUAUAGAUCAAAAUAAUAUUGAUGAAUAUUUUUCAGAAAGAUUAUAAGGAGAAUCUUCUAAAUUGAUCCCUGAUGAAAUGAUUUUGCUGUUAAGAAGCGUUUAUGACUUUAUUGGAAUAGUCAAAAUUGCAAAUGAAGCAUUUAUUUAGGGUAAUGAUGGUUAAGCAAUCAUUGGAUAUGCAGUUGCUAAUUAAUUUUAUUUAGAAAAUGGAAAUAAACUUGGAGCAGGUGUAAUUUAAAAUAAUAUGGGCGUUAUUCAUAUAAGAAAUAGAAGAUUUCAAGAAGCCAUAUUUUGUUUUAAAGAAGCUAUAAUAUGCAUAGAAAAUGAAUGGGAAAAAUACAAACACAAAUAUUAGAGUGUCGGAAUUAAUGAAGAUGAAUUAAUUAUUGAUUAAGAAUAUUAAAAUUUAAGUAAAAUUGUUUUCAAUAGAUGUUUUAACCUUUGUGAAGCUUUGGGUGAAUUCUUACUAUCUGAGAUUUUAGAACUUUAGGAAUUACUAUUUUCUCAUAAAACCUAACGCAAAUCAUUGUUUAAUAUGGAAAAUAUGAUGUAUGCCUAGCUUGAGAAUACUCAUGCCAAUAGGCAAAAGGCUGUUUCAGUAUUUAAUUAAGACUAAGAUGAAGAGCAGGAAUCAAUUGAAAAGAUUAUCAAAAUAAAAGGAAAUGCUAAAAGAAAUGUGUAAGACCUUUAAAAAUUAAAUGACAUUAUGUACACUAUCCGUUCAAAAUUUUUGGGCACUCAUGAUUUUCACAAUAACAUCAUUAUUCACAACAUCGAAACUGUUACUGAAAAGGAUAUAGAGUUCCUUAUUCAUUAACUGUGGAGAGACACCAUUAGAACAUACGAGUAUUGCUAAGAAAUAAUGUAGUUUCACUUGAAUAAGACUAAAUAGAAGUAAUUAUAUAUUACUCUAAAAUUAAUUAUUGGCAAUUUAUAAAAUGGGCAUAUGAGUAAAAGUGAAGAUUUAAUAUAAAUUGCUUAUGAACAAUACAAUAAAAUCUAGCAAGAAAACGAUGAUCGAGAAUUAGGGCAUAUUUCGCUUCUUGAAUAGAAACUUUACCUAUCUCAUGGACUUAUACUUUAUAAAAAAAAUAUUAAGUUAGAGGCAGCCUAAUUGCUUGUAAAAUCUUUAUGUGUAUGUGGUACAUUUAGUAGUAGAGAUAGAUUAUAAGCUUUAGUUAUGUUGAAAGCAAUAUUUUAAUACUACAAUUAACCACUUGCCAAAAUUAAUGAUUUUUUAAUUUAGUAUCAGCCUAUUGCGAAAGACUGGAUAUUCGUUUUAGAUGGAAGCAAAAAUAUGAAGCAGGACUUAGCUAUUGUAAGAGCUACUCGAACUCUUCAUAAAAUUAUUAAGAAUAUUCAUUCUCCGAACGAUAGAGUUAGUUUUGGAAUUCUAAGGGAGAACUACUAUGAAUUUACUCCUCUAAUUGGUAAAAUUGAUAAUGCUGCCUACAUCGAUAAAACAUUCUAAUUGAUUCCAAAACCAAAAGGAAUUUGUAAUACUAACCUAUUAAGCUCAAUUGCUGAUAAGUAUUAAGCUCAUCCUAAUUUAAUUACUAUAGGAAAUAAUAGAUAUUUAACCAAAGACGGAGUUGCUUUUAUGAGAUACAAAAAAGUCAUAAUAUUCGCUUGCUGGAAGUGCGAAAAUGUUCCAAUCAAACCCCAAGAUGAGUUUAUAAUUAUUCAUUUUGGGCGAGAUUUUGAGAAGCUAUAAGAAGAGUAAAGAAAUGUAUUGUUAGAAGAGGAUUGGAAUAAAGUCUUGAACAAAUAUCAGUAAUUGUUAACAGAGUAGAACGAUAGCAAUUACUUCUUAGAAUAAAUAUUAUGA